GUGGUGUGGCUUAUGAAGAUGAAAUCUGGGAGAGCAGAUCUCUCUGCUAGGCCCUGAAGACCCCCAGAACAAGACCCAGGAGGCAGUCAAAGGGGGGAGCUAGUCCUGAAAUUACUGUGCAUUCAUAUACCACUUCCCCUUCACAUCUCCACACUAUUGUCUAGGCUUUCUCUCUGCUUAUAUCAUACUCAUUAGAGUUUCUAGAUCUUAUUCUAAGAAAUUUUCCUCUCCUGAGCUGCCAUAGCACCUUGAAAUUGUGGUAAUAACCAGUAUGUAUUGUUUACCACUUGUCAGGCUGUGUUUAAGCACUGUAUAUAAGCUACACCAUCUAGCUCACCGAAUAACCCUGUGAAGUUGGUCCUCCUAUUAUCUCCAUUUUACAGAUAAGGGCACCGAGGCACAGAGAGGCAAAGCAACUAGCUCAAGGUCACGCAGCUUGUGAGUGGUAGAGCUAGGACUUGAACCCUGGAAGUAGGAGAUAAGAGCCAGUGUACUUAACCCCUGUGCUGGGCUGCCUCUUGGGUCACUUAUCUGAGGACAUUUGCUUCUUGGUUUCCCCAGCUAGACCAGAGCUUCCCCAAGAGCAGGGACCAUGCCUGAUGUAUCUCCCUAUACCAGCACCUGACCUGGUAUGCACCUUUGAAGAGUGCCCACUGAAUAUGAGUUGAAUGACUGAAAUGUAGAGAAAGUGGUCUGGGAAGCUGUGAUGACUUCUGACCUUGUGCAAGAUUCACAGAGAAGGUUGGAGUUGAGUUGAAUGAUGGAUGUGUUAUCAACAGGUGCACGUGCGGAAGAGGAAAGGGAAGUCUGGAUGGAGGACACCAUGUGAGCAAAGGACCUUAGCAUCCUGAGACAUUUUGGAUUCACAGCGCUCAAGGUUGACCCGGUCAGAGUUCAUCAUGUCAAAGUUAAAAAGCUCGGAGUCAGUCAGGGUGGUGGUUCGCUGUCGGCCCAUGAAUGGCAAGGAAAAGGCUGCUUCGUAUGAUAAGGUGGUGGAUGUGGACGUGAAGCUGGGGCAGGUGUCAGUGAAGAACCCCAAAGGAGUGGCCAAUGAAAUGCCCAAGACCUUCACCUUUGAUGCAGUCUAUGACUGGAAUGCCAAGCAGUUUGAACUCUACGAUGAGACAUUCCGACCGCUCGUGGACUCCGUCUUGCAGGGUUUCAAUGGGACGAUUUUUGCCUAUGGACAAACCGGGACUGGGAAAACCUACACGAUGGAAGGAGUCCGUGGUGAUCCUGAAAAAAGAGGGGUCAUCCCUAACUCAUUUGACCACAUCUUCACCCAUAUCUCUCGGUCCCAGAAUCAACAGUACCUGGUCAGGGCUUCUUACUUGGAGAUCUACCAGGAGGAGAUCCGAGAUCUGCUCUCAAAGGAUCAGACCAAAAGGCUAGAGCUCAAAGAGAGGCCUGACACUGGUGUGUACGUGAAAGACCUGUCUUCCUUUGUUACCAAGAGCGUGAAGGAAAUAGAGCACGUGAUGAACGUGGGGAACCAGAACCGCUCUGUCGGUGCUACCAACAUGAACGAGCACAGUUCGCGCUCUCAUGCGAUUUUUGUAAUCACCAUUGAGUGCAGUGAGGUGGGCCUUGAUGGAGAAAACCAUAUCCGUGUAGGGAAAUUGAACCUGGUGGAUCUUGCUGGCAGCGAACGGCAAGCCAAGACUGGUGCACAAGGAGAAAGACUGAAGGAGGCCACCAAGAUCAACCUGUCCCUUUCAGCCUUAGGUAACGUCAUCUCUGCCCUGGUGGACGGCAAAAGCACUCACAUUCCAUAUCGGGACUCAAAGCUGACCAGGCUCCUCCAAGAUUCUCUGGGUGGCAAUGCUAAAACUGUGAUGGUAGCCAACGUGGGCCCUGCCUCGUACAAUGUAGAAGAGACUCUGACCACUCUGAGAUAUGCCAACCGUGCCAAAAACAUUAAGAACAAGCCAAGGGUCAAUGAGGACCCUAAAGAUGCCCUCCUUCGAGAAUUCCAGGAAGAGAUUGCCCGGCUCAAGGCCCAGCUGGAAAAACGAUCCAUUGGCAGGAGGAAGAGGCGAGAGAAGCGGAGGGAAGGUGGCGGCAGUGGUGGGGGCGGGGAGGAGGAGGAGGAGGAGGGAGAAGAGGGUGAGGAGGAAGGGGAUGAUAAGGAUGAUUACUGGCGGGAACAGCAAGAAAAACUGGAGAUUGAGAAGCGGGCCAUUGUAGAGGACCACAGCUUGGUUGCAGAGGAGAAGAUGAGGUUGCUGAAGGAGAAGGAGAAGAAGAUGGAGGACCUGCGGCGGGAGAAGGACGCUGCUGAGAUGCUAGGCGCCAAAAUCAAGGCCAUGGAGAGUAAGCUGCUUGUUGGAGGAAAAAAUAUAGUAGAUCAUACAAAUGAACAACAGAAAAUCCUGGAGCAGAAACGGCAGGAAAUCGCAGAGCAGAAACGUCGAGAAAGAGAAAUCCAGCAACAGAUGGAAAGCAGAGAUGAGGAGACCUUGGAACUUAAAGAGACGUACAGCUCAUUGCAGCAAGAGGUGGACAUCAAGACCAAAAAACUCAAGAAGCUCUUCUCCAAGCUUCAGGCGGUGAAGGCAGAGAUCCAUGACCUCCAAGAAGAGCACAUCAAGGAGCGUCAGGAGCUGGAACAGACUCAGAACGAGCUCACAAGGGAGCUGAAACUGAAGCAUCUUAUUAUAGAAAACUUUAUCCCUCUGGAAGAAAAAAGUAAAAUUAUGAAUAGAUCCUUCUUUGAUGAAGAGGAAGAUCAUUGGAAAUUACAUCCUAUAACCAGACUGGAGAAUCAGCAGAUGAUGAAGCGGCCAGUCUCAGCUGUGGGAUAUAAGAGACCGUUGAGCCAACACGCAAGAAUGUCCAUGAUGAUUCGUCCAGAGGCCCGAUAUAGGGCAGAGAACAUCGUGCUGUUAGAGCUGGACAUGCCCAGCCGGACCACCAGAGACUACGAGGGCCCCGCCAUUGCUCCCAAAGUCCAGGCUGCACUGGAUGCAGCUCUGCAGGAUGAAGAUGAGAUACAGGUGGAUGCGUCAUCCUUUGAAAGCACGACAAAUAAGAAAUCGAAGGCCAGGCCUAAAAGCGGAAGGAAGUCGGGACCCUCCUCCUCUUCCUCAGGAACCCCUGCAUCUCAGCUUUAUCCACAGUCUCGAGGACUGGUUCCCAAGUAAAGCCAGUUCCUCCUCUCCCAGGGUGUAAAUAGCUUUUGCCUUCUGAGAGAAGAGACGAGCAAAAACCUGCAGAGAGGACUUCAAGCCCAAACUCAGAACCAUGCCCUUGGGGAGAAGCUUUGGCCUCUUUGCAGAUUAACCAUCGUAAUCUGGUUGACACGUGCUGGUGCUCAUCUGGCACGCAGCAACUCUGGGAGAUGUCCUUUAAUUAGCAUCUCAGAAAUGCAUGGGUAAGGUAAAGUGUGAUAGUCGAAAUGGAAAGCAAGAGAAUGACCAGUGACCUUGCUUCCCUCCUCCCUUGCCUCUCCCUUCCCUCGCCCUCCCUCCCUCACCCCUCUCCUUUUCUAGCCUGUUCUUUGUGCUGGGCUCCUUUCUUGUUGAACAACAGGGCAGAAUCAGGAGUCACCUGAGCAGGACCAAGUCUGUGGAGCCUCAGGAUAAAAUGACAGUGAGGUUGAAAAGUAAAAGCCCUAGAACUUGAAUAGGUGCUUGUUCCUGUAGGUAGAAUGAGAAUUCUCAUUUGGAUCCAAGCCCCCGAUAGGCUCCACAGGCCUUUGGGAUCUGCUGAAUAAGGAAAUGUUUUCCAAGAAUGUUGUGAAGCAAUAGAAACAACAUUCCCUUUGCCUCCUUGGAGAGUUUAGGGAAACAGCUUCUUUAAAAACCUUAAAACCUUGACCAUCCUUGUCAAUGACAUAAAUCUGUAAGCUGAUGCCAUGUCCAUACACUGUGUCACUUUACUCUUCAUUUGUCACCAUCUUUUCCCUUGCACACGUCCUCUGAGGGUCCCUGCCUGGGCCCAUCCUCUGCCCGCAGAGCAUGUUCAGCCGUGGGCCUGUUUUAUGGGAAAAGGGAGGUUGGCUUUGUUUUCUCUGAUGGGACAAGAGUUGGGGGAAUGAGACAUACAGUGGCACUUUUGAAUUCCCCAUUUUGUUCCCGGUCUGCAUCUAAGGGUGAUUAGGCAGUGCAGAGACAGAGAUGUGGGACUUGGGGCGGUGGGAGAGGAAGGUAUAAUGGAUGGGAGCGGAGGGGUCCUGCCUGCCUUCCGUAGAACACUCACCUGAGGCUAGAACUGUGGCUCCCUGUGGGCAGAGCUGAAGGUGGUGGCCAGGGGUGGCUGUGUGACUGAAUAAGCUCAGAGGAGAGAGUUAGGAAUUCCCGUUUACGUAUACUAGUUCGGUUUAUAAGUUUUAGUUCUCUGUAUUAUUGAAAUUCAAAGCUUCAUUUUGUGUUGGUCAUUAGGUGAAUGUUACUCAUUUUCCCCCCAAGAGAAGCUCAUUAAGUGUGUGUGGGUGUGCAAGCACAGUGGUGCCUGUGUCCUUUGAGUUUGUCCAUGUGUGUCUGUAAGAGAGAGACAAAGGACUUGCCCAGUUUUAGAAAUACGCUAAUGUGCAGUUGUUGCCUUUGUCUGUAUUAAAGGCCCAUUGGAUGACUAAUCCAGGCUGGAAGUGCUCCCAUGUGAGUGUCUGAGUCCACGAGCCAAGCCUGAGGGGACAAUAGGAGUCCUCAGGUCUGCCACACUGGUGCACCUUGCUGGCACGGUGCCUCCGGAAGGUGGCGACUCAGGUGGGCCUUGAGUUAUAUUUUAACUCAGCUGCUGAGUUCCCAGGGCACAUUUCUGGAUCAGAACCCGUGGGAAAGAGGAGGUACCAAGUGCAAUGUCUUUGCAUUCUACAAAUGGAGAUCUGGCAUCUGGCAGCUUAUCUCCUUUUUAGUUUCCAUUCUUUCUGAAACCCAGGGCCCUUUUCAGCAAUUCCCAGAGCAUAAUGGAGCCUUCCCUCAUCUUUCUUGGGAUCACACCCUGCUUCUUAUUUAUUAAGAAUUUACCUGUUUGAAUAGGAACCAAAUGAUGAGGUGGAUAGUCUAAGAUGGUUAUCUGCCAGUUAGACCUUUCUCUUGCACCACAUUCCCUCAAAGCUAGUCCGAAUUCCAUAGGCUGAAAAUAAUUCAUCUAGUACAUCUGAGAACUGAACACUGCAGAUAACACUGUACCUUAAUACCGAUGUCUUGAGGUGGCUAUUCUGAGCAAGAGUGGUUGAGUGACUGUGGAAUUUUUCUAAGAGGGCAAAAGAAGAAAGCCAAGUGGGCAGGCAGGAUUAUUAAAGCAAGCUUGCCUUAUACACAGCUGUGUUUGUCUGGCAGUCUGUGAGACCAGGUAGAGCAGCUGUGAGGAGGUGGAGCUGUCCCUCCCCAAGCAGUCUCUGGUGCUUUUCUUCUCUCAAAAUGGAUCCGAUAAAUAUUUGAGUAGAGCAGACAGGAGCAUGUCUCACUGCUACCAGAAAGCUGCUGCUUUGGGCUCUGAGUUGAGCCAGAUGUGUAGAGGACCCACCUGGUUUUCAUGUCUGUAGUUAUGCUAUGUUCCAAGCCAUCUGAGGGUCUUCGUGCAGGAGCAGCUAGCGAAGUCUGGAAGCAAGUCUGAACAGGAUCUAAGAAGAUCAUCUGGGAGAAGAGGUUGAGACUGUGUGUGCAACCCUCAUCAAGCCCCGUUUUUCUCUGAUCAAUAAGAAUGUAUCUGGCUUCCUAUUUGAAAGUCACAUGUCUCCCAGAUCCCUGGAUUCAGAACCCAAGGCCACAAAUCAUAGGCAUGAAGCACUUUUCUUAAGACUCUGACCUAACGUUGGAUUGUUCCCCAUCGAAUGCCUGCAUGCUGCUUGAAUUGUACCACCCACACCUCCAUGACCAAGGGCGUCAGAGAGUUCUGCAGUUCAGGCCUGGGCCACUCUCUGCUUUUCCUGUCUGACUCUUGUAAGGCCUCCCUCACUGAAUGUAGAAUUGUUGCCAAGCUUUUGAGAAGUGUCGAUUCCCCACUAGUAUGGGAUAUCAGUUCUGCCUCACAUUUCCCACUUACAGUCCAGGCUCAUUGCAAACAACACCUUGGGCCAUCUCAACACCAUCAGUGGACAAAAAUGGGGCUAUUAAUAUACUCUAAAAGCCAUAAUCAAAGUGCUCAGAGGGAACUGGAUAAGGACAGUGGGCCUGGCUGUUGUCUACUGCACAUGGUUUGGUCCAGUGCUGUUUGGAAAUCUGCUCCCUUUCUCCCUGCCCUUGUUUUCUUGAAUGAAAUGCUUUUGAGGUUAUUUAUGAAAGGAGUGAUCCUGGGGCAGGCAGGGGGCAGUGGGCUUUAUGGCUCUUUGGAGUUACUGUUGAUCUUGACCUUCUCUUUGGCUACCUUUAGACAAAGAAUAUGCCAAUACUUGGGGCUCUAAGUUUUACAAUUGAUAUUUAUUUGUAUCAUCUCUUUGUCUAGGAAUGUAAAAGUGAUUCUAAACUAAGAUGUGUAAUAAAAAUCAAUCAGAUUUAUUGUACCUACAAAAA